AUGGAAGAUAAAUCAAAUUCGUUCUCAAGCAACAAAGAGGAAAAAACGGACGGGAAUAAUGUUUUCCAGAGGCAAGACUCCAUACAGAAGAACAACAUGGGAAGCCAAAACAUUAAAGAACAUGGCAAUUCGGUGGGCUUCAAGGGAGACAGGGAAGAAGCCAUGGUUGGGUUCGAAGAUUUAGACGGAGCAUCGAGGCAAUACGGCUUCAUGCAGCGGCAGUUUGGCGCUAUGAUGCAGCCCGGGGUUAAUAAGUUCUCCCUGCGAAUGUUCGGCAGCCAGAAAGCGGUGGAGAAAGAGCAAGAACGGGUCCAAACGGCCGGCUACUGGAUCAUUCAUCCCUAUAGCGAUUUUAGGUUUUACUGGGAUUUGAUAAUGCUCAUCAUGAUGAUGGGGAAUCUAAUCAUCAUUCCUGUUGGAAUAACAUUCUUUUCUGAGCAAACCACCACCACCUGGCUAGUGUUCAACGUUGCCUCAGAUACCAUCUUCCUGGUGGAUUUGGUCAUGAACUUCCGAACGGGGAUUGUCAACGAGGAGAGCUCAGAGAUCAUCUUGGAUCCCAAGGUGAUCAAAAUGAAUUAUUUGAAAAGCUGGUUUGUGGUGGACUUUCUCUCAUCCAUUCCAGUGGAUUAUAUCUUUCUAAUUGUGGAGAAAGGUUUUGACUCUGAAGUCUACAAGACGGCACGUGCACUGCGCAUUGUGCGGUUCACUAAAAUCCUCAGUCUUCUGCGACUGUUGAGGCUCUCGCGACUCAUCCGAUACAUUCACCAGUGGGAAGAGAUUUUCCAUAUGACGUACGACUUGGCUAGUGCUGUGGUAAGAAUAUUUAAUCUCAUUGGAAUGAUGCUUCUUCUUUGCCACUGGGACGGUUGUCUCCAGUUCCUGGUUCCUCUUCUCCAAGAUUUCCCACCUGAUUGCUGGGUGUCGCUAAACGGUAUGGUUAAUGACUCCUGGGGUAAACAGUAUUCAUACGCCCUCUUCAAAGCCAUGAGCCACAUGCUGUGCAUUGGGUAUGGUGCUCGUGCACCCGUCAGUAUGUCUGACCUGUGGAUCACCAUGCUGAGCAUGAUCGUGGGUGCCACCUGCUAUGCCAUGUUUGUCGGCCAUGCCACCGCCCUCAUCCAGUCCCUGGACUCCUCCCGAAGACAGUACCAGGAAAAGUACAAGCAAGUGGAGCAGUACAUGUCCUUUCAUAAGCUACCAGCAGACAUGCGGCAAAAGAUACAUGAUUACUACGAGCACCGCUAUCAGGGCAAGAUCUUCGACGAAGACAGCAUCUUGAAUGAACUAAAUGAUCCACUAAAAGAGGAAAUUGUGAACUUCAACUGCCGGAAGCUAGUUGCCACAAUGCCGCUGUUUGCCAAUGCUGACCCAAAUUUUGUGACGGGCAUGCUGAGCAAGCUGAAGUUUGAAGUGUUCCAGCCCAAUGAUUAUAUCAUUCGUGAGGGCACUGUCGGAAAGAAGAUGUACUUCAUCCAGCAUGGUGUUGCCAGCGUCAUCACCAAGAUGAACAAGGAGCUGAAGCUCACAGAUGGAUCUUAUUUUGGAGAGAUCUGCUUGCUAACAAAGGGUCGCCGCACUGCCAGUGUCCGUGCAGACACGUAUUGUCGCCUCUUUUCCCUGUCCGUGGAUCACUUCAAUGAGGUAUUGGAGGAGUACCCAAUGAUGCGGCGGGCUUUUGAGACUGUGGCCAUCGACCGCCUCGAUCGCAUUGGGAAGAAGAAUUCCCUACUGCUACAGAAGUUCCAGAAGGACCUGAAUGCUGGAGUUUUCAACACACAAGAGAACGAGAUCCUGAAGCAGAUCAUCCGCCAGGACAGGGAGAUGGUGAUGAUGGUAGACCGUAAGCAGUCGGUCACCGGGAUCAAUUCGACUCCAGUCUCCGGAAACUCCAUCAUUAACUCUCCAGCUCAGCCAUAUGCCACUGCGCUUGUCAACAACCAGUUACAGCAAUCUGCCCCAUUGACCUACGGUGCUUCUGCCGCCGCUGCCCAAUCUUCCCGUGUCCUCCCUGCCACCGUUCAGGCUGUAUACGGUGUCCCCAGCGCAUCUCACGGCAACCUCAGUUCUUCAUCCCCCAACCCCCAAACACCUCUCCAGCAGCAGGGCUCAAUCAUGUCACCGUGCUCCUUCACCGCAGCUGUGUGCAGCCCCCCUGUACAGACCCCGCUGGCAGGCCGAACGUUCCAGUACGGCUCACCCACCGCGUCACAGCUCUCCCUCAUACAGCAGCCAGUGGCCCCUCCAUCUACUCAGCAACCUCAGCAACCGCCGCAGUCGAUAGCAACACCGCAACAGCAGCAGCCGCAACAGCAGCAACUGCCGCAGCAGCCGCAGCAGCCGCAGCAACAGCAGCCGCAGGCACCUUCUCCGCAGAGAAGCGACAUCCACAAAAGUACACAGGCUCUACAGUCGGGCAGUUUGAGUCGAGACGUUCGUCACCUGUCUGCCUCCCAGCCGUCGUUGCCGCACGAGACCUCUUUGGUGUCCAGGCCACACCCCACAUCCGGUGAAUCGCUGGCCUCCAUAACGCCUCCAGUGGCCGCCGUACAGGGGCCGGGCUUGCAGAGCGGAAUCCGAGCCACCGUCCCGCAGAGGGUCAGCCUGUUUCGGCAAAUGUCGUCCGGCGCGUUGCCACCGGUCCGGGGUGCCUCCUCCGCCGCCCAGCACAGGGAGUCCACCGCCUCGAGAAGAGAGUCUACAGUCUUAAGCAGCACAGAAACAGAGCAAGACAAGAUGCGUUUUGCAUCGAAUUUAUGAUCCCUUUUUUCUUUUUAAUAUGUUUAAUUUAGUUUUUACCGAGAUACAGUAAAUCAAAACAAAAAAAUGGAUUUUAUUACUUCAGUUUUUCUCCAAUUACUUUGCAGCAAAAUGACCCUAUAAAUAUCCUGUACAGAUUUACCUUGUAUUAUAUUUUAGACAU